UAUUUCACCAUAUCCCACCAACGCUCAAUACAACCCUAGACCACAUCCAUACAAAACACCACAAUCCCUCAACGCUCAAUACAUCCAUAGACCACACCCAUACAACACACCAGAAUCCUUCAACGCUCAAAACAUCCACAGACCACACCCAUACAACACACCAGAAUCCCUCAACGCUCAAUACAUCCCUAGACCACACUCAUACAACACACCACAAUCCCGUAUAGUGAGUUAUUCCAGCAGAAGUUCACAUUGGGAAAGCAACAGGUCUUUACAACACGUGAGUCGCACGUGCAACAAAUGGAAACCGACGCACCUGAGAUCAAAGUCAGCGUGGACGCAAAGUGACGACGCCUUAUCACACGAACGCUGGGAAGCGACAGCUUGAGAUACACGCAACGCCAGAGAAGGAAGAAUUCGGAUUUCAAAAACGACCAAUCAGCGCGUUUCCAAGAUGUUGUGACGUGGAAUAUUUUUCACCAAUCAGACUUGUCAUUGCUCCGAGAAUCGCGCCUAGUUUGAGUACAGUCUUGGAACAAAGGUGGUAUGACGUCAUGGACGAUGUACGUGGACAGCAGUCACGUGAUUCAGUCGAGGAGGACGAAACCUAUGACGUAGAGCGGUCGCUACGUGAUAGUUUGGAGUACCAGACUGAGUCAGGACGUUUCCUGAAAGAUUUCAUAUCAAAAGAAAACAAUAAAUUCUGGUCCAACUGCCUGUCUUUCUGGCAAGCGACGCGAGACUAUUCCGCUUGUUUCGAAAGUGGUCCCUUCUGUUCUGAAACUGUGAUUUUCAAGGCCAAGUGGAUAUACGAAAGAUUCUUAGCUCCAGGGAGCGUCUGUGAUAUCAACGUUUCGUCCAACGUCAGGAAAAUAUAGAAACAAUUGGAUCCGCCAUACGAAGAUCUGUUUGAUGACGUAGAUGAUCACGUGUUGACGUGCCUCAAAGAACCAUGGGAUAGUCUUUGCCGUGAUGAACGAAAAGAAUACGAAAUGAUACCAAAGAGUGAACAGUUGCGUUACAUUACGGUGAAAUUGAACGACAACAAUUCACGACGAAAAAUAUCUUUGUUAUCGAACGAAUUGGACGAUCAAGAAGGAAAAGAAAAUUUCGAAACGUUACCAGUCCCUCCGGACGGAGUGAGCUUUGAAAGUUUGAUGAAAGACAGAGAGGAACUUGAGGGAUUUCAGAGGUUUUUGGAGAAAAGAGAUCCCAAAGGUAAGAUGGAUUUAAUGGCGUGGACGGACAUGGAAACUUUUCAACGAAUGCCGAGAACUGUCCAAGAGAAACGAAACAAAAAAGCGAAGGAAAUAGGACACGCUUAUCUUAGUUCAAGAUACUUCUUUGGUCCAGACAGUCCAGCUACAAAGCAAGCUCAGAGCGUGAUAUUAUCAAUGAACGGUGCUCAUCGCAUCAAAGAACGUCCAUCAUCGUCCGUCAUUGUAGAAUGUCAGAAAUACGUACGAUGUCGUAUAGAACGACUGUGGUUAUUGAUGUAUAAGAAAAGCAAUGAGUACAAAGAAAGACAGAAUCCUAAACCAAAAAUAUCUGAUGUUGUUGAAGAUAUGAUGCUUAGGCGAAGAUUGCAGAAAAGUGAAGCUACAUGGAGGAUUCUCAAUAGUCGUUGGGUCUCCUCAUCACGUGAUAUAGUCGCAUUACGUCAGACGUUGAACAAUCCAGAGUUAUGUAUAGCGUUCAGGAAGUUUGUGGCGUUAAAAGGGGAGACUUACGAGAAUGAUAUUUUAUUUUGGAUCGAGAUACAGAAAUAUAAAGAUUUGUGUCAUCGUCACGCAUCUGAAGAUUGCGUCAGGAAAAAGGUUCAAGCAAUAACAGACUGCUUCAUUACGUCAUCCAUUCCACCCGAGUUGCAGGUUGACGUACCCAUCGAAAUGGCAGAAAAAUUAUUGGAGAGGAUCACGUGUAGAAACCCAAAUAUCGGGCCUUAUUUAUUCAGGGAGGUUCAGAUAACCGUUUUUCGCGUUCUCUUCAAUAUGUGGAAGGAAUACAUUAGUUUUCGUAAUUCAAUGGACGGCGACAACUUACUGGAGAUUUUAGAAGAACGACUGCAACGUCAUCGAGUGGAGACGAAGGCAAAGAGAGAUGCGCAGGAACGAAAGAAAAUAGCAAAAAUGGAAGCGGACAAGAAGAAAAAAGAAAAAGAAGAAAAAGAAAAACGAGAAUUGAGAUCAGUGGAUCAACUGGUGAAUUUAAUGGCUGACAGUAAUUCAACACAAUGGGAAGGCGACGAAAACGAUGUUUUGAUAUGGAAGUAUUCGCAACACAUUACGUCAGUUAUGGUAGAACUGACCAAUGAGAGGAGCGUUGGUACAAAAUCCACCAAUCAGAUUGCGCGCAGACUAAUAAGCGAAAAACCGACAUUGAAACAAUCGAAUACAAGUGCAUCGUAUACUUCACUUGCAAGGACAACGAACCAUUCAGAACGAAACGUGAAAAGACAAGAAAAUAUCUCGAACGAUGAUACGAGGCUACCUCAAGGAAGAAAAAGUAAACUUUCAAAGAACAGAGACAAAGAAAAAUCAAAGCAAGUAUUCACCAAUAACGAGUUGCUGUUGCUGCCUAAUGUACCUACGGAAAAUGCUCUAUCCAGGAGAUUAGACCCUGGGAAUAAAGGACGUCAUAGUUCGAAAUACGACGAUACUGAUUCCGUUGAAAACAUGAAGUUUAAAGUUCAAGAAACAAGAGAGAUGUCACGUGAUGGGGAACUGAGAUCUAAACUGCUGCAGAAAAAAAUCAGUAACAACAACAAACGACUUGGGUCACCUGUACCACUGACGUCACAGUUGCUAGAGGAUUUUACAAAUUCACCACAAGGUUCACCUCUAGAUAGAACUGUAUCAUUGGUGGAAAUUAACGGACCACAAGACAUCGCUUUAACUAAACUGGAUGAUGGCAAGGUUAAAGCAAUGCCAAAAAUUAUAACAAAGCAAACCACAUUUAAUGCAGUUUAGAAAGAGAGCUUUAAAACCUGAAGUUCUCAAAACAGAUGUCCCCAUUCCGAUGUCAUAGUCAAUUGAGAUUUUAAAAUAUGUGUGAAACCUCUCCACAGCCCAAAAUAUUCAAAUUUCCUUUUGGGGAUGACUUUAGACUUGUGAUAUCAACAUAUUUAUACCUUCAAAACUUCUUCAUAAACUAUGAACAAGACUAGAUCUUUCUUUAGACAAAAUUUGACAAACUUCAUAUAAAAAGCAUAUACUGUUUUUCCAACAAAUCUUUAUUACAUCACACUUAUAGAAAUUCAUCAAUAAACAUUGAGUAGUUCUCAAGAGAAAUAUUUAGAAACAUCAACAACACAUCCCAUCAUCACACAGUUUGAACUGAAAUCUAGAAAAAUGUAACAAAAAACUUUAGCAUUAACCAAACACCGGUGAUGUAAAAACUAAAAUUUCCUUAGGGAAGACUCAUAGUGAAGUAGAUCACAGUACAGCAUGUCAUGAUGUCAUCAUAUGACAUCAACGUUUACAACUCAUGAAUGAGGGGACACAAGGGGGCACAUAUUUUGGUGUGGGGAUGGGGUGUUGGACCCCUUCUUUUCUAAAAUUGAAAAGUUCCUACCGAUACUGUAAGAUGACAAAAAAGUCAACAAGUCUUUUUCUACAGAGUGAGUCCUUAUGUAAAAGUUUUUAAUAUUUCUGAUAUUUCUCAAAUAUGCCAAUGAAUUGUUCAUUGUUUGGUAUUACACUUUCAUCAAAGUUCAUUUACUACAGACCAAUGAUCAUAAGAGUAAAGAUUGUGCAAGAAUAUUUUAUGUAUUAAUUCAUACAAACCUAUUAAAUAACGCGACAGAAUUCA